GUACAUCCAGGACGCACCACUUUCCUAGACUCUGCAAAGCAUCACCAAAAUCACCAUCCAUCAAGCCCCGUCCCCCCUUUCUCUCUCUCUCACCUCCUCCAUCUCCUCCUCCUCCCCCUCUGUUGUCUUUUUAAUGUACCUCCAGCCUGAUUAGGGGAGCAGGGAGCGCCUGGGAAGCCUGGUCUGGAGACUCCCUCUGUGGUGAAGGAUCUGCUAAAGCUGGACGCAAACCAGAAGAGACUCGACAUUGUUUUGGAAGAACGCGCUUCUCCACGGAUUCCUUCUUUUCUUGGUUGUCUCCUCCGUGGAUGUUGACUUUUAUGGGGGUGUUUCCACUUUACCAGGCUACAUUUUUUUUAUCUAAUGAGCGCCUUCUCCGGCUAUUUGAUGACCAGUCUCAUUCUGUCCACCGAUGUUUCUUUAAAUGUGCAUGAGAGAUUAAAGCGUGUGCGUUAAUUGUCGGGUUACAUUAAAAGGAAAGUUUGGUGUUCAAACUUUUGGACACGGUCGGUAUGGCUAUGGUAGCGUGGAGAAGCACGGAGGGAGUGGGGGACACCCAGGGGACCCUGUCCUCUCCGGUGUCCCAGGUGGCGCCGCUGUCUCUGCCCGGAGACAUGACGGGACACAUGAACUCGGGUCCUUCCCUGGAGAUAUCCCAGACGGUUGCAGCGGGAGCACCAGCACCGCCGCCCAAUGCGCCUGGAACCUCCGCCACAACCACCACUACUAACAACACCUCCUCUUCCUCCUCAUCCUCCUCUUCCUCCAUGGACAAACAGCAAAGCCAGCAAAUCGAGUGCAUUGUUUGUGGGGACAAAUCCAGCGGGAAGCACUACGGACAGUUCACCUGUGAAGGAUGUAAGAGCUUUUUCAAACGCAGCGUCAGGAGGAACCUGAGCUACACCUGCAGGGCCAACAGGAACUGUCCCGUGGACCAGCACCACCGGAACCAGUGCCAGUACUGUCGCCUCAAGAAAUGCCUCAAAGUCGGCAUGAGGAGGGAAGCCGUCCAGAGAGGCCGCCUUCCCACCCAGUCCUACCACGGCCAGUUCGCCCUGACUAACGGAGACCCCCUGCAGUGCCACUCCUAUCUGUCCGGCUACAUCUCUCUGCUGCUGCGGGCCGAGCCCUACCCCACCUCCAGGUUCGGCUCCCAGUGCCUGCAGAGCAACAACCUCAUGGGCAUUGAGAACAUCUGCGAGCUGGCGGCCCGGAUGCUGUUCAGCGCCGUAGAGUGGGCUCGCAACAUCCCGUUCUUCCCAGACUUGCAGGUUCCGGACCAGGUGGCCCUCCUGCGCCUCACCUGGAGUGAACUGUUCGUUCUAAACGCGGCCCAGUGCUCCAUGCCGGUCCACGUCGCCCCGCUGCUAGCCGCCGCGGGCCUCCACGCGUCCCCGAUGUCCGCCGACCGGGUGGUGGCUUUCAUGGAUCACAUUCGGGUCUUCCAGGAGCAGGUGGAGAAGCUGAAGGUGCUGCAGGUGGAUUCGGCGGAGUACAGCUGCGUCAAGGCCAUCGUGUUGUUCACCACAGAUGCCUGCGGCCUGUCGGACGUGGCCCAUGUGGAGAGCCUUCAGGAGAAAUCCCAGUGUGCUCUGGAGGAGUACGUGAGGAGCCAGUAUCCCAACCAGCCCAACAGGUUUGGGAAGCUGCUGCUACGCCUGCCGUCUCUACGCACCGUCUCCUCCUCGGUCAUAGAGCAGCUCUUCUUCGUGCGUCUGGUGGGGAAAACCCCCAUCGAGACCCUGAUCAGGGACAUGCUGCUGUCUGGGAGCAGCUUCAGCUGGCCUUACAUGCCCAUCCAGUAGAACACGCCGCCAGGUCAGGAAAAACAUCCCACAGAUUUCACUUCCUUAUUUUUAUCAGGCUAAAGCCCUGGUUGGAUAAGCGAGUCAAAAGACUGGAAUGAGAUUAAUAAAUAGGUGAAGAAUUGUUGUAAUUUUCCUACUUUCUUGCUGACAGUGGAGCCUCAUCCUGAAGCGGAGCUGGUCCGACCCACUGGCACAUUUUUACCAGAUUUUAUGACAACAGAUGACUGCUGUUUUUGUUUUUAUUGUGAUGACCUCUCACUCUCUAUGGACGCGUUGUGCUUUCUAAAAUAACAAACAGUAUUUAUUGGACCUGUGUGUAUAUUUAUCGUGCAGUAAUUUAUGUUCUUUGCCCCAGUUACAGAGAAAACUGCAGGGAGCCUGUUGUGUUGUUGUUGUUUUCAUACCUUCCUGAAAUAGCACUUUGGACUAAAUAAACAUUUCAGAAGUAUUUAAUGCAGGUGUCUGACACCUGGAAACCUCCUGA